AUGACUUACAAGAUCAGCAACAUCUAUGUCAUCACGGCCUUCCUUGUCAUUGGGGGGCUGCUGCAAGGUUUUGACAUAUCCUCUCUUUCAGCGAUCCUGAGUACCAAGCCAUUCAAAGAAGAGUUUGACAGCCCAACGGCUGAUCAACAGGGCGGUAUUACUGCUAGCAUUUCCGGCGGAUCAUUCUUAGGAUGCCUUGUCAAUAUGUUUGUAGUCGAUAGAUUCGGUCGCAGAUAUACUUUGAUGGCAGGAUGCAUUAUAUUUGUCAUCGGUGCCGUAAUAUGUACGGCUAGCGUUGAUAUUGCCAUGUUAAUCGUCGGCAGGCUUCUAUGUGGUGGAGCAGUGGGCAUGUUCACAUCCACAGGGCCGUUAUUCCUAGCCGAAUUGUCCCGCCCUGAGACUAGAGGUCGCAUCUUGAGUUUCCAACAAUGGAGUAUCACUUGGGGAGCUCUCAUCAUGUAUUACAUCACUUUCGGCACCUCGUACACAAAGACUGAGGCGGUAUUCCGCGUUCCGUGGGCUGUACAAAUGUUUCCUGCUCUCGUCCUGUUUACUGCUUUAUUCUUCAUACCCGAAUCACCCCGCUGGCUCGCUUCUCAAGACAGAUGGGAGGAGGCGCUUGAUGUACUUGCUAGCGUACAUGGACAAGGCAAUCAUCAAGCCCCAAUUGUACAGGCGCAAUAUGCUGAAAUUCGAGAAUCAAUGGCAGUUUCAGAAUCACAGGGCGAGGUGAAGUGGGCUGAGUUGAUCCAUCGUGACAACAUCCAUCGCAUUUCGAAUGGAAUAUUUGUCCAUAUCUGGACGCAACUGAGUGGCAAUAAUGCCUUGCUAUACUACAUUGUCUACAUCUUCCAGAUGGCUGGCCUUACUGGAAAUGUUAAACUCAUUGCAUCCAGUGUUCAGUAUAUCAUCAACGUCGUCUUCACUCUACCAGCCAUUUUAUUUCUCGACCGAAUUGGCCGGCGUCCUGCACUGAUUGGAGGGGCAUUUUUCAUGAUGAUAUGGUUGUACUCUACUGCUGGCGUUAUGGCACAGUAUGGUCACUAUGUCCCCGGCGGCUUCGAUGGGUCAAGCGCGGUGACUUGGACGAUGAAUGAUGACGCGAAAUCAGCCAAGGCCGCCGUCAUCGCAUUUACUUAUCUUCUUGUUGCAACAUAUAGCUUCACCUGGGCCCCUAUUUCGUGGUGCUAUCCGUCCGAGAUUUAUCCCAUACGCUUGAGAGGCAAGGCUGUUUCUAUCGCGACGUCAGCCAACUGGAUCUUGGGUUUCGCCAACAAUUACUACACUCCCCCGGCAUUUCAGAAUAUCCAGUGGAAGACAUUCAUCAUUUUCGGCACUUUCAAUGUGGUCGCAUGUCUACACGCGUUCUUUUUCUUCCCGGAGACCAAAAGGAGAAGUCUUGAAGGUUAG